AUGGGAUCAAACGGUCUUCCAGUAUUUGUUCACUACAGCGAGCAGGACAGAGGGAGCAGUGUCAUCAGCUACCUGGUCAGCAAGGGUGCCAACAUUAAUGCGAUGGAUGCUCGCUGUCAGACACCUCUUCACAUUGCUGCCAUCAGGGGGAAUGAGGUGGCUUGUAAAGAUCUGGUAUCUUUCAGGAACAGAAUCAAAAUUGAUGCAACUGAUCAUCAAGGCAUCACUCCACUGCAUGCAGCAGCUAUUUACAACCAUGAGGAGGUGGCCUAUAUACUGAUUGAGGCUGGUGCCAAUCUGACAUGCAGAGACAAGGAGCUGUGCACACCGCUGCACCAUGCGGCCAUGGAGGGGAAUCUGGACUUGGUGCACAUGUUGUUUGAGGCAGCAGCCAGGAACAGAGAUGCUUGGACUGCAUCUGAGUUGGUCAGUGCAGUUGAUAUAGAAUCCAACACCCCGUUACAUCUUGCAGUGGAAAAUGGACAUUAUGAAGUCACUAAAUUUCUAUUGGAAAAACACUCUGAUGUGAACAGACCCCGUACACACUUCAUCUACCCCCUGCAUUUAGCAGUGCAGUCAGGAGAUGUGCGGAUCGUUCAGCUGCUGGCGGAGCACCAUGCCCGUAUCGAUGCAGUCAAUGAUGAUCUUACAACAGCUCUCCAUAAAGCUGCUGUGCUGAACAAUCCAGAGGUGGCCAAGAUUUUGAUUGAGAGGGGAGCUUGUAUAAACUGCAAGGACAGAGAUAACUGCACACCACUACUGCUGACGGCUCGCUAUGGCAAUGUGGACAUGGCAGAGUUGCUGCUGCAAAUGGGAGCCGAUUACACAGCAACCGACAAAAAUGACAAGACCGCCAUCUUUCUGGCUGCUGAGUUCAACCAGCUGGAAGUGUUAUUAAAGUUGCUGUCCUACCCUCAACUGAAAUACAUGAUCAACGAAAGCAACUACUGUUACAGCGACCCUCUCCAUGUUGCGGCUCAUUAUGGCUAUCUGGCAAUUGUACAGUGUCUCCUCAAGAAUGGUGCAGAUUUGGAUUCCAAAAAUGAUGAGAUGCAAACACCACUACACCUGGCUUCCAAGUUUGGCAGAACCAACGUGGUUCGUGAGAUGUUGAAGCAUAAUGUCAAUCUUGUCUGUGAUCAAGAUGAAAAUUCUAACACUCCUUUGCACUUGGCUGCACAGUACGGACAUAGCAGGGUGGCCCAAGUACUGUUGCACUUCGGGGCCGAUGUUUCUGCCAGAAACUACAACCGAUGGACACCUCUGGAUUUGGCAGCUUCUAAAGGAUGGACUCGCACUUGCCAGAUUCUGUUGGAAGGAUAUGCUCCAGUUGAUUCUGUUGACAAAAACAAGAUCACACCCCUUCACCUGGCCUCUGGCUGUGGCCACGCUGCGGUGGUGGAGCUGCUGCUGAAGUGGGAUGCUGAUGUCACCCUACAAGAUGACCAUGGCAAGAACAGCUUAGACAGAGCUAUUGAUGGCAAUCAUGAGGCAGUUGCUAGGGUGCUUGUCAGCUCCAAAGUCUGGAAAGAAGCUCUACGGAAUGUGACAGUUGACCCGGUAACUGGCUGUGUUGUAACCCCGAUGCGCAAGCUCAUUAAAAAAAUGCCAGAAGUUGCCCAGACAGUUUUUGACAGAUGUAUAUGUUAUGGACAAGAGCAGAACCCAGACAACAUUGAUUACGAGCUGACAUUCAAUUAUGAGUUUCUUGAUGAUGUGUACGCAAGGUGGAUUCAGGAUGGACUGAUGAAUUCUGUUCACGACAGAAAAUCUGACUGUGCCUCAAGUGCAGGCAGCUUAUACGGAGGCCAUGAUGAGGAGGGACUAUCUCUAGAUGCCAAGCCAUACUCUGAUGAUCCAAAUGUACUCAAGAACAAUCAUCCUCUUUAUAUUAUGAUUGUGUCUGAGAGAGAGAAGCUGCUAGCUCAUCCCUUGGUCACAUCACUGCUCAUGCAUAAAUGGAACACCUUUGGCAGGUUUUUCUACUACCUGUCCUUUUUCAUCUACGUUAUCUUCCUCACAUUCCUCACCUCGUACAUGGCAACAACGGAUCCCCCACAUCUAUAUGGCAGCGAUGGCAUCCUGAUCGAAGAUAACCAGUGUGCCAACCUCACGAAGCAGUACGAACAACCGCUGUGUGCAAGCAUUGGUACUUACGUCAUUAUAGCCCUGGCUGGAUUCAACCUGCUGAAAGAG